CACAGCUCAUUUCCCAUAAAAGGGAUGGUUUGGGGCGUGGAGGAGUGGGGAGGCACAGUAAUAAAAAGGAACUGUGGGCCUGGAGAAGAGUCCUUGUCUAGGUAGCUGGGUACCAGGAGCCCGUGGGGCACGGAAAGGGGCCUUACAUGCCCUGCUCUGCUGCAGCCAGCAUGGGACUGAGGGCAGCUCAGACAGGCUUUGCGGUCCUGGUGCUGCUCCAGUGCUGCUCUGCAUACAAACUGGUCUGCUACUAUACCAGCUGGUCCCAGUACCGAGAGGGCGAUGGAAGCUGCUUCCCUGAUGCCAUUGACCACUCCCUCUGCACUCACAUCAUCUACAGCUUUGCCAACAUAAGCAACAACCAGAUUGACACCUGGGAGUGGAAUGAUGUGACGCUCUAUGACACGCUGAACACACUCAAGAACAGGAAUCCCAACCUGAAGACCCUCCUGUCUGUCGGAGGAUGGAACUUUGGAUCUCAGAGAUUUUCCAAAAUAGCCUCCAAUGCCCAGAGUCGCAGGACUUUCAUCGAGUCAGUGCCACCAUUUCUACGGACCCAUGGCUUUGAUGGGCUGGACCUAGCCUGGCUCUACCCAGAACGGAGAGACAAGCAGCAUUUCACCACUCUAAUCAAGGAAAUGAAGACUGAAUUUGCGAAGGAAGCCCAGUCAGGAAAAGAGCAGCUCCUGCUCAGUGCCGCAGUGUCUGCGGGGAAGGUCACCAUUGACAGGGGCUAUGACGUCGCCCAGAUAUCCCAACACCUGGAUUUUAUGAGCAUCAUGACCUACGAUUUUCACGGAGUCUGGCGCCAGACUACAGGUCAUCACAGUCCCCUGUUUCGCGGCCAGUCGGAUACAAGUCCUGACAGAUUCAGCAAUGUUGACUAUGCUGUGGGGUACAUGUUGAGACUGGGGGCUCCUGCCAACAAGCUGGUGAUGGGCAUCCCCACCUUCGGGAAGAGCUUCACUCUGGCCUCUUCUGAGACGGGUGUCGGAGCCCCAAUCUUGGGGCCAGGAACACCAGGCCGGUUCACCAAGGAGGCGGGGACUCUCGCCUACUAUGAGAUCUGUGACUUCCUCCACGAGGCCACAGUCCAUAGACUCCUGGGCCAGCAGGUCCCCUAUGCCACCAAGGGCAACCAGUGGGUGGGAUAUGAUGACCAGGAGAGCAUCAAACGCAAGGUGCAGUACCUGAAGAACAGGCAGCUGGCGGGCGCCAUGGUGUGGACCCUGGACCUGGAUGACUUCCAGGGCUCCUUCUGCAGCCAGAAUCUGCGCUUCCCUCUCACCAGUGCCAUCAAGGAUGCACUCACUUCGACUUAGCCCUCUGUCCUUCAGCACACAGUAGGGACCAAGGAAGCCCCCUCCCCCACCCUCUGGCUUCAGCUGGCCAGAAGCCUGGUCAUGCACCACACUGAGUCCCCAGCUAAGCCUCAGUCCCCUCCCUUGGAACUUGUGCUGAGAGCCAGAACACCGAAAUUUGAGCUCAGCUCUGGUCGGCAGAGAGGUAGGGUUGAGGCUCUAGGGACAGUGAGGGCCCGGGGAGGAGCACACUAUAAGACAUAGGAUCAGUACACACCUGUUGAUUAAUGGAGAUGCUCACAGACCCCAAGCCUGGCACGAGGGAAUUUCUUCAAGUCCCUUCCUUACCCACACCCCUCCUCAUCAAAGGAUACCAUUUUGGCAAGCUCUACCACCAAGUGGCCAAACAUCCUACAAGACAUAGUGACCAUACUAAUUAUACCAUCUGCAAAGCCCAACUUGAAACCUUCACUUAGGAAUGUAAUCAUGUCUCCUAUCCUACUUCCCUUUCCUAAUUCCCCAGCUGCUCAAUAAAGUCUAAGAGCUUAACAGUG